AUGUCGUCACCCGUUCCAAUCGCCCUCUGCGGCAAACUACCUCACCUGACGGAACAUUUCAAGAAGCACGUUCAGCCCGAUUAUGAAGUUGUGCAACACUGCGAUUCAGUCGAGACGGCUAAAGUCGAGCUUCCCGCGGUCCUCCGUGGCGAUAGACCCGGCGUCAGACGCUUCCUGGCUGUUGUGGUCGGCGGUGGCUUUUCACCCGACGAGCUCGCAGAGAUCCGCGCAGUUCAGGGACUCGAGCAUCUUGUCUGGUUCUACCCGGCCAGCGUGAAUAUUUCCAAGCAAUCGGCUCCACCGCCCGCGGAAGUGAUCGCCAAUGGUACGUUGAAGGCUAUGCGGAAGGUUGGACUUGUGCAGGGAGUAAGGGAAGGUAAUGUCGAGCCAGGGGUAUACGAUUCGAUUGCCUAG